AUGUAUAACCAUGUGCCUCCAAAUGGAAUGGCUCCACAACAACAACAGUCAUCCUCUUCCUCACAACCGCCAUCUUCAUCGAGUAUUACGCACAACCCUUCACUGGUACAUCAACGACUGUAUCCUGGAUACCCACCUCCCUCCUCGGAAAGUACUGCCCAUCUUCCUCCUCAUACUAGCUACUCGGUUCCACCACCCACAGCGAGCUACAACCAUAGCGGUAUCCAAUCUCUUCCUCCCUCAUCAACAACAACAAAUUCAGCCUCUCAUCAUGCACUAGUUCCUCCUGUACCAUACUAUCGUCAUCAUCAUGUCCAAACUUCUGGUAAUGUGCUCGGAACUCAUCCUCCUCCUCCUCCAGGUUAUCCCUCUCAUACUCUCCAUCCUGGAGCUCAAUAUUCAACAACACACCACUCUUCAAUGACUCUACAACAUGCCAAUCCACACAGUAUGGUACCAACAAGAUCUUCUCCCUCUUCUUCGGCAACAUCAGCAGAGGAGGAACGACCCAAUAGUAGCAAUAGAAUUUCCACACAAAAUUCUACAUUUUCACCAUGGUACUCAACUCCGAGUGGACAUCAUGGUCAUCCUCCUCCACCACCACUGUACACAUCUCAUCCUCAUUCGUUUCAUCCUCAUUCUGCCUCGUCAAAUUUAAUGGAGAAUGGUGGUUCCAUGAUUCCUCCUUCUUCACAACAUCACCAUCUUUUUAAAUCACAUCCGAGUCAACACAUGGGAGGAAAUGGUGUCAUGAAAUAUGGCACUAGUGGUGACCCAAAUCUGGGCAGGCCCUUUACCGAUUAUCAACAGGUUGUACAUAAUAACAGUCAUAUAAUGCCGUCUUCAUCAGGUAUUGACCCCUAUCAUUCAACAACAAUUCCUCCAUCAGCAAUGAAUGUUUGGCGAAAGCUCAUAACAGAAAUGGUCUUAAACUCUGGAUCUAAGAAACCAAAGAAUGAAUUACCCCUAGCAAGAAUUAAAAAGAUUAUGAAAUCAGAUGAAGAGGUUCGAACCAAAACCAUGAUAAGUGCUGAGGCACCAGUAUUAUUCGCUAAGGCUUGUGAAAUGUUCAUUAUUGAGCUCACUCUUCAUGCAUGGGUUCACACCGAAGAGGCCAAAAGAAGAACUCUUCAAAGAAAUGAUAUUGCUGCUGCCAUUGGAAAAACCGAUGUUUUUGAUUUCCUUAUUGACAUUGUUCCUAGAGAGACUGAAAAGGUGCAGCAUUCCUCUCACAAAGCAAAUGACGAUUCGUAUGCUCAUUCGGAGACAGCACGUCAUGCCAGAGCGUCACGAGGAAAAUCUACUAAUGAAACCAAUGCUGAAGAUGAAUUGACCAACGAAACGACGGACGGUGAAGAUGAAGUUUUCGGUGCCCAUAUGCUCAUUGACACUCAGUCCACCAAAGGAGACGCGCCCUCACCUCAAGGUCACCUCAAUGUUGCGACCUCAACAAGUGUCAGUGGUGGUCUAGAUGUCAUCAAACCUUUGGAUAGCACAACAUUGAAAGCACAGCAUGUUUCAGCCCUUUUGCAGCCUUCCCUUAUUCCAUCCACUAACAUUAACAACAGCAGUCACAACUUCAAUCCAUCAAUGUUGACUAGUACAGGCAGCACUUUUUCUCUUGCUUCGUCGUCAUCAUCAGCAGCAAAUAUGGGAGCAAGCCAUGUGCUUGGUAAUAGCAGUAACAACAACAACACAAACUUUCUUCAUGGGAACAACAAGUCAUCCCUCAACUCAAACACCAACACACAAACGAGUGAAACAAGCGAUUCUGCUUUGGCUUUUUCUUCUUAUGGACAACAUCAACCUCCACAACAAUCGCAUGGUGAUGAAAAUGCGCAAGUCGGUAGUGGUUUGCCGAGCGCUUUGAGCAUUUCUUCUUCCAUGGUUUCUUUUUCGUCUGUGGAUAGCACGAACGAGUCUGCCGCUUCCGAUCUGAAUCAGCAAAUUGAACCUGUGGAACAGGCAAAUGCCAAGAACAAUAGUGUUGGCACCACUGAAGAAACCAGAGCUGCACAACAUCAUUCAAUGUCACCAACCGAGCACGACUUUGAAAUUCAAGUGAAUCAAACAGAAGUGCCUGCUGUUCAAACCCCUGCUGACAACCAUCAGCAUUCAGAAACAUACUCAUUCCAAUUGUUCCAAUAA